UUUAAAUUAGAAAUUGCAACAAUGUGGCUUUAAUGCUACAUUUUCAAAGUUCCAAUUCAGAUUAAAGAUAACAAAUAUCAUUUGAAAUUAUAGGUUGUUUACUGAAUGAAAUCUAGUCUUAAUCACUAACUUUUGACACAGCCACACUGCAUUAAAUAAAGGAAUUAUAACACUGAGUCCAUUGUACAAAGAUGCUUUUCUGUGUGUGUGUGUGUUCGGUAUCCUAGCAACUCCGAAAACACUGGAUCCGAAGAACUGCUCAAAGUCUCACCACUCAUUGAAGCUUUGAGAGUAAGGAGCCAUGGAGCAGUCGGAGAAAAAAGACACGAAGGCUCCUGAAGAUCUCGCCCUUUCGACCUUUCGCUUCCGGGAUCCCCUUAAAAACAAGAAGGGCUCAGAAGACGCAUUGUUCCGUAACCCUUUGCCAUUCAUUGUGGGGGGGGCAAGACUGCCCACAAGGGGGGGUCUUCGAUUUGGCACAUUGAGCCACCAUUCCUUCUUCUCCAGACACAACCCCCACCCGAACAGAGUGACACACAUCCAAGGUCUCAACGGAAGCCCCGUAUGCACAGUAAAUGAUGACUGGGGGGGUUCUGUGCCAUUACCGCCUCACCCUUUCAUAAAGAGCCCAGUGCCCUGGACAUUCAGUGGAAAAUCUGACACUUACAUACCGGUACCUUACUGCGGUACAAACUUCAGAGCAGCUCCGCUGUCAGAAACCUGGAGGGAAGAACUCAGAGAUCUAGCAGCUAAAGUGAGCUUGGCGGCCUCGGGGGGAAAGGAGAAAAAGGCGAAGGAACAUGAGCGAAGAGACAGCGCCAGGGAGACGCAGUACUCGGCCCGGACGGGACGCAUCGUGCCCCCCUCCUCGCAGACGUCCCGCAGCCGCUGCAGCCAGGCCUCGCUGAGACACAGCAGGACCCGAGGACGCACUCCCUCCCAGGGCCUCGUUUACGACCAGGAGCUCUUGGUGCUGGAGCUCCUGUGUCAGGUGCUGCAGACGGACUCCUUAUCUCAAGUGCAGCAGUGGCUCCUGUUUGCCGAUGCGAGAGAGAAAGACCUUGUGAUGGGACUCCUCCAGCAAGCCUUGGACCCCAGCGUGUUUCACGAGCUUCGAGGCCUUGACCAGAAAGAGAGCGUGGCCCCGCGAGCGCACACCCUCCCUGCCGGACCGCCUGGGAGAGAAGACGCACCCUGCGGCUCUUGCAAGGCACGAGGAAGCAGCAAAGACGUGGAAAAACCAGAGAUGAUUGGAACAGCGGAGGUCCUUCGGGUCCAUUCAGAGGGAACCGCAUCUCUUGAGAAAAACAGCAUGUGUAAUUAGUCAAGAGAACAGUCCUAGUUUAUAACUGUUUAGAGCUUGAGGAAUGAGCUCGAUCAUUGCUUGGGAUUUGGUUGAAAUUUUCAAUUUUUUUUAUUAAAAAUAAUCGAAAAAUCCGAGGCAUUGGUAAUUUAAGAUAUGGUAUUAGGAUGUGUCUUACAGCAUUCAUUAAACUCCGGUUGUGUUCGGUAGGGCAGUUCACAAGAAAGUGUUUUGCAAAAACAAAAUCAUUGUGCAAAGCUCAUAUUUAUUCCAUGAUUGCUUUUGUUAAACACAAUAAAGAA